UGUGAGAGUGAGGGCCCGUUAGGCCUCUGGCCCAGUCUGAGGGUUUAAUCUCCCACAGUAGUGUCUCACACCAGUGAUAACACUAUAUUGAGCCAGAAAGAUUAAUUUUUUAUCUUAAGCUCAAAGUUAUGGAAUUAAUGUCUUGUUUGCAUCAAUUCAUUUACUAUCAGUUACAAUCUACACUUUAAAAGGUCCCUGAACAGACGGAAGCCUGAUACACAGUACAGUAUAUCUUUCUCCAAACAAGUUCCAUAUCUUGGUAACAAAAGUUCAAAUGUUGUGAGCAUACAAUAAAAAAUAUCAGGACAUUGGCCAAAAUGAAAAUUGCUUUUGGUUGACCAGGGACCACUUACGACGGCAGUAUUGCUGACCCGGUCAGCUGUCAUCAGCCUGGGGCCGUGGUGUGUCGUGGUGUGCCGCUCCUGUCCGCCUCCUCGGUGUUUCUCCGCCCUCUCUGGUUUAUAAAUGAGCCGAACAGCAUCCAGCCAGCGGGGUUAGCUCAAACAGCGCUGCUGAGAGGACGCAACAUGGCGGAGAGAGGCAGCGAGCAGCCGCGGUCCAGUGCUCCAGCACCGCUGUAGAGCUGCUUUCUGUGUCAUGUCUCUGGUACAGAGUGAGAGGACACUUUUCUUUGACACUACGAGACCAACACUGCUGGGGAAAUGAGUCAGCACGCAACAGACGUCCCGGAGUGCCCCCCCUCCCCGCCGCCGCUGCCUGCUGAUCAUGUGCUCAACUCCGGAGCUGUGCUGUUCCCCGGUGCGUUUGAUCAACAUGGUUGCCCUUUGAUCGUGUUCCCAGUGGAUGGACAAGCCAAACUCUCCUCAGAACUCAGCAAAGCAGAAGUGGUGGACUUCAUAAAUUACUUUCUGUUUCUGCACAAUAAAAAGCAGCAGAAGGAGAGUUUGGUGUCAGUGGUGGCUGAUCUAAGGCAUGCCUCGCUCCCUACAACCAAGUUCAUCACUGAGACUCUGCUUCUGCUUGAGCUGCACAAACGGACUGUCCACAGUGUGUACAUAAUUCAGCCCAAAAAGAAGGAGGAUGCUAAGCGUUUGCUGAAACUCCUAGCUCCAUCAAAGUCUUACACUGCCUCUGUGAAGAAAAUCCUUCUGAAAGAAAUCUCGGAGCUCUCCAUCUACAUUGACCGAAGCCAGCUUACCGCAUCGUUAGGCGGCUACCUCAUUUACUGUCACCACAGUUGGGUUGCCUUCAUUAAGGAGAUCGAUGCGUUUGUCCAGGAGUUCCUGUCUGUAGUCCAGCGGCUGCCCUCGUGCAUCUCCACCCUGCAGGUUCUGGCCAGGCUGCCCCUGCCCUCCACCUUCAGAGAGCUCCAACACUUCUGCUUCACCAACGAAGCAAAGUUCCAGCAGCUCAGGAGAGAGCUGGGGCUGGAUGAGCUGCUGAGGCACUGUGAGAGUAUGGUGGAGAAGCUGCGUUACCCUGAGAAGGAGCCGUGCUACCAGGCGAUGGCCGGCACUGCCCUCUUCACCCACACAGCCUUUGACAUGCUGCAGAACCACAGCAGGAUAACUGCAGCUGUGGAGAAAGUGGAGCUGCUGUGGCACCAGGCCUUUUCUAAGGCCCGUCUCCAGCUGCAGGUGUUCCAGCUCCGAGAGGAAGCACUACAGAUCACAGAGCAGAUCAAAACAUUUCUUCAAGACAAACUUGACCCUUACAAAAUAGAGAUUGUCAAGGAUCCUGCAAAGGCAAUGAUGUUGGUGUCCGAAUUUGAGGCGUCGAUUCACACUCCUGCUAUGGCACUUGUUCGCUGUGCUGAAGACGUAAACCACACGUUAGUGGAGAUCCUGCCGUUCAAUGGUCAGACCGGAGAGAGCUGGGUUCUGGAUCUGGAGAGGCUGAAGGAGAAACUCCACUCUGCUGUACACUUGACUCUCCAAACCCUUAAAGCAGUUUGCACAUACCAUCAUUACUACAGCAAGGCCAGCAGCUGGUACAGUCUGGUCCUCUGUGAGAACUUCCUCCAGGAGCUGCUAUCAGGCAUAAGUGGAGAUGGUGUUUCCACACAGAGGCCAAGGAGGAACUGGGGGGCGAUCCCUGCAUGGAGGCACAGAAUGUCUACUUUCCUGAAGAAGAAUCCCCCACCAGAUAUGGAGGAGCUGGUUCAUCUGGCUCAUCUGUCUAAUGUCCUCCCAGAUGAGGAGGUCCAGCAGGCGGGCAAGCAGAUGUCUCAGCGGUGCAUGACCUUGAGGAAACUCCUCAUUUCUUCGGGACCAGUGGCUGUCGGUCACCUCCAGCUGGCCUUAAAGUGGCAGUAUGAGUUGUUGUGGAGCAGCCGUGUAAAUCAUUCCCCUGCUGACGGUGCUACCAACCAAACUGCUAAGGACAUUCAAGACCUCCCUAAAUGUGAAGGCGGUAAGGAAGCUGCCCACCUUCUCAGAACGUCACCUUCCACAUCAGUUUCUGGAAUAAUAUCAGCCGAGGGCAAACCCCCCUCCCUCAGCUCGUUUGACUCAGGCUUCGAUGGGGCCGGGAGUAGCCAGCUGGAGGCCUGCGGAGGGAAAGAAGCAGCGGAAGGUCUGUCUAGAUUAGCUGGGACCAGUGACUCUGUGAGACUUGACUUGAACCAACCUCAAAUCCACAAAGACAAUUUCUCCAGUGUUUCGGAUUGUGAAGAUCACAGAGAAGACUUUGACUUUGGCUCUGUGGGGAACUCCUCCAGGGCUAGCAUCCAGAUCAUGCCUAAAGUAACUGUAGAGUCACUCAACUUGGAGAUCAAAGUCAAGCGCUCGGCUGCGCUACCCAAUAAUCCUUGGCUUAGCUUGCCUGUUGAUGAUCUGGAAAAGUCGUACACAGUUACUAUUACACAGACCCCGACCGCGCAAAACAAAGACCCACAGUUCCAUGAUCCUUCAGACCCCUGCACUGAUUCCAACCAGUCCAACAGGUAUCGAGAUCAGCCCACACAGACCGAGGCGUUGAGCAGAACACCGACCGGAGGGCCACAAAGCAGGGACUGGAUACUACAUUCACAGAGCAGUUUGGAGGGUGCUGAACUAAGUCCCAUUUGCAACAUCCUCUCCAGUACUAUUACUGAUGGAAGAGACAAGUCCAUCUCUACCACAGAUGGGAUUCCCACUCUUCUCUGGGAUUCUUAUGACCUCCAUGACCAGAAUCAGGAUGCUGUUGAUGGCUUGACUGAUAUCUCCCUGAAGGACUGGGACGUGAAGGAGCAGGAGGGUUUGAGGGAAGUGGAGAAGAUCCUGGACAGGGCUGAUGAAAUACUGGAGAAAGAAGAAAGUGUUUUGGCUCAGGAGGCUGUGCUGGAUGCCUUGCUGAGAUCUGAGGACCAGCAGGAUCCGUGGCCACUGUGGGACAGUGAGGACCAGCUCGGUGUGAUGUCCUCUAGUGAGCUGGCUGAAGCUGGUGUUCUUGGCCUUGAGGAUUAUCAUAUCCCUGCAGAAUCUGACAACCUCAGUGAACCCAGAUCAACUGGAUCUGCAAGUGAAACGAAGGCUCCUGAAGAUGAUUGGCGCUGCACUGACGCUGCCUCAGGAGCAGACGCUGUGGCAUUUCACAGCAGACUUGGCCUGCUGACAGAGCUAAGGGAAGUCUAUGUCCUGGAUGAGCUGAUCAUGGAGGAGAACCUGAAGAUCCACGAGCUGCGACACUGCAAAGAAAACCCCAACGAGGAACUCAUGGGGAGCAAACCUUUGGAUGUGAACGGGCUGUCGAGUAUGAGUAAAGAGAGGGAGGCUUUUAGGUUAAAACUGGAAAAGGAGAAAAGGGAGGUGGAGAAGCUUGAGAAGAGUUUGGGCAAAGAGCUUAAAGUGAAGAAACAAAAGGAGAGGGGUAGAAAGGUUGUAAAAUGUUCUGUAAUGGAGAAGGCUAGAACUGAGAAUAAGGAGGACCGAGCACUCUCUGAGCUUUUAUCAGGUUGUUGGAACAGAUCACAGAAAACGCAUUCAACAUCUGGGGUCCAGAAGGAUACCCAGGAUACCUGUAAAAGUGAAAAUGUUCAAGCAGUAUUGGGUCCUGGUGUUACCAAAGAGGCUACGCUCCAAGACAUGGUUCAACUCCCAGAUUCCCAAAGUCAAGAUCAUUGCUCUGAAGCUGAACCAUCCGUAUUAAAUAUAACUACCUCUAAUAGUACUUCUGGUUUGACAGAACCUCCUGAAGAGAAGGGAGUCCAACCUCAGGGAUGCGUCUGUGGGAAAGUAUUAGAUGAAUCUGGUGAAAACCCUACCAUAUGCAAACCAGAACCUUCUUUAACCCUUGAAAUGAGGCCAGAUGAUGGCGCGUUCGACCCGGGUGGAAAGCCACACCUCCCUCUCGUGCCUAAGCCAAGAAAGGCUUCCCAUCCUGUGAAUGACAACCUCGCUGAACAGGAAACUCCUCAUUCCACAGGGCUGCAGAAUCCGGCUCUGUCUUUAGUUGCUCAAGAUCCUGGUUUUGUCCCACUUGAUCUACAAGAUAAAUCAAGUGACGCACUGCCAGAUAAUGUGACACCAGUCAUCAGUCACACCUUUGUUGUCAGUCCACAUGUGAAGGAACACAGCAGCAACAACAACAAUAAUAACCGUGCUUUCCCAGAAACAUGCAAGGUGUCCUUGGACCACUUGCCUGAAAAGACCACCAAAGAUGAAGAGGCUGCAUCAGUGGUACCUGCAUGUUUGUUUCAGAGAGAUGUACACCCAGCAGAGGAAAUCCAGACCUUAUCUCCUGCAGAAGAGUGCCCACAUCAACAGUCAGCCUCCCAGCCGCCUCCUGACCAGCCUCCAGCGGAUGAGCUGAAUGAAGAAGUGGCUGAUGGUGUUCAGAGCUCUGAGACCAUGAGCAUAUCUGGCUCCGGGACAUGUGGGAUUCAGGCCCAGCUUAACAUAAACAUGAGAGAGAUGACAGCUUUCAAGACCCCCAUAGUGCUGGAUACAGGGUCUGGUUUGAUGAAAGCAGGAUUUGCAGAUCAAGACCUCCCAAACAUUAUAUUUCCAACAAUUAUUGGAAUGCCAAAAUAUGAGGAAAUAAUGAAUAGUAACCUUGAAAGGGAGACCUACAUUGGACAUGAGGCUCAACACAUGAGAGGGGUCCUGGCUCUGAAGCAUCCCAUAAAGAACGGGAUCAUUUGUAACUGGGAUGAAAUGGAAAAGAUCUGGCAUCACACGUUCCAGCAGCUGUGUGUGGAUCCAGAGGAUCACCCUGUCCUGCUGACCGAGGCAGCCAUGAGCCCCCUAGAGAACCGUCAGCGCAUGGUGGAGAUCAUGUUUGAGUCUUUCAAUGUUCCCUUCACCUACGUGGCCAUGCAGGCAGUGCUGGCACUGUACGCAGCGGGGAGGACCACUGGUGUGGUGUUUGACUCUGGAGACGGGGUGAGCCACAGUGUCCCUGUGUUUGAGGGAUACUGCCUACCUCAUGCAGUGCAGCGCUUCCCUCUGGCUGGUGUGGAUGUUACAAUGCAUCUUAAAAAGCUUCUGCAGGAACAAGGGGUGUGCAUGCGCACCACAGCAGAGAUGGAGAUAGUGAGGGAGAUGAAGGAGAAGUGCUGCUGUGUGGCUCUCAACUAUGAAGCUGAGCUGAGUUGCGGGGGGUCGUCCUUCAGAGAGAUGCAUUACACCAUGCCUGACGGACAGGUGGUCACUCUGGGCAUGGAGAGGUUCAGGGCCCCUGAGAUUCUCUUCAAACCUGAGCUGAUUGGACGAGACCAUUAUGGGAUGCAUGAAAGCGUCUUCAAGUCAAUCCUGAGCUCAGACAUUGACCUGCGGCGCUGCUUCCUGGGAAACAUCAUACUGUCAGGUGGGAACACUCUUCUGCCUGGCCUGCCUGAGCGUCUGGAGGCUGAAAUCAAAGGACUGGUUCCCCCCGACAUGGGGGAGAGCGUUCACGUCAGCAGCCCCAAAGACAGAGACUUCUCAGUGUGGAGCGGCGGAGCAGUUCUGGCCAACCUGCCCACCUUCAGCUCUGCAUGGAUCAGUCAGGAAGAAUAUGAGGAGUACGGGCCGCAGAUCGUCUUCAGGAAGUGCUUCUGAGACGGCCUGGGGAGUGCACGCUGGACUGUGUAAUGUACCACUUCAUCUUAUUUCACCAAGUGCAAUAAAACUACAGCUCUAAUACAAUGCCAUGGAUAUUUUUUGUCUUUAUGUAUUGAUGACUUUUUCUGUGGAGUCCGUUUUACCCCUCGCACUCUGUGUGGAUCCUGACCUGUGGGCUCUAGCUUGAAACAGGUGAUCACCUGGUACUUGUUUUAUGAUUAUCUCAGAUCCACCAACAUGGCCAGGAUGAAAUUGGUGUUUGUCAUACAAUUCCUCAAUGUUACUCUCCCUUAAGAACCUUUUACUGUGUCUUAAGUUUCCCAUUUUGGGAAUGUAUGUCUGUGCCCGAGACUUAAAGCCUAAGCUUAUUAAUGUUUGUGAUUAAGGGACUAGAAUUGAAGCCGGCCUUUAAUUGAUGUCUGCCAACUUGUUUCCAGAAUGAGCACUUGAGGGACAUAAACUCAAUGUGCCGACUCCAGAUAUAAAUAUAUGAAUCUAAUAUCAAAUUACAGUGCGUAUUUAUACAACAGUUUUAAAAGUAAAUUUGGUAUAACAAAUUAUCUUUGUGUGACAUGGUGAAAGUUGCAUGAGCAGUGCAGCUGUGCAGUGUUCACAGCUACUAUGUUUUUUUAAAGCAUUAUUAAAUGAUCUUUAUGAUGGAGGAUGAUUAUGGUGACUGUAUUAGAUUCUCAGUAUUUUUUUUUCCAUGUAAAAUUCCAACUUUUCUGUCAUAACAUUACAACUUUUUUUCUCUCAAGACUUCUAAACAUGACUUUCUUGUAACAACUGUAUUCAGUAAUUUUUUUUUUUGCAAUUUUUUUUUUUUUUGCCAUUUCUUUCCCUAGCAGUGGCCGUAAUACAAUUAUCGUGCGAAACAAAAGAUCAAUGUACAUGAAUUUUUGCUGAGCAGUUGUAAACUGGAGAAUAGAAGUGUGGAUUUGUGGAAUAUGAAGUUCUAGAAAACAGUUAGCUGAGCUGUGUCUCACUUAUGGUUAUUUUCCUGUGUAGUGAUUCUCCACCUGAUAGUCUGUGGGUUAGUGUGCAGUUGGUAAUAACUGAAGAUGUGGUGUACAGUAUUGGUCAGGUAAUGUCUUUCACUCUGUCAGUCUGUUGAACAGGCAGCUGAUGGUAAAUGCUACUGCUGCAGGUACAGUGUGUGUGUUGUCUAUUGUCUAAAGUUAAACUUCUCUUUAAUAUUUUCUAUUUGAGUGCAGUGUUUUGCCACAAAUUUUCUAAAAUAUCGUCUGAUCUGAGAACUGUGGUUAUGUGAACACCUGCACAGCAGUAUUGAUUUUUGUGAAAGGUGUUCCAGUGGUGCCAAAACUGCUGCAUUUAUCUCAUUACCUGACUUUUGAAAACCCCUGUCAGCCCCAUAUAAUUUAUACAUGGUCUACUUUUUAAAAUGUUUUCUCUUGCAUGAAAUGAUUUUGUUGCGUGUCAUUUAGUUGCACCUCUUGCAUGUGCUCCUUUGUCUGCAUGUCUUUCUUUGUGUUUUUGUAAACUGCCUCUAAACGGCAUGGGGCUGUCAUGUGACUUAAAAAUCACCAUGAAACGUGACCUUGUGAGCCUUGUGUCAUGGCACAGAUGAACUGCUCAGUCUGUUUUUAUCGGAGUCUCCUUCUCUAAAUGCACUAUAACAGUCUGGACUGACUCUAGCAAUGUAUCACCCAAACCAUGCUAUUUAUGUCAUGUCUGUUUUUAUAAUAAAUAUUUUAAUCUGCA